UUGUUUGUUUUCCAGUCUCUCUCACUCACACACACACACACACACACACACACACACACACACACACACACACACACACACACACACACACACACACACACACACACACACGCACACACACCACUGUGUGUGAGCGAUAACGGUCAUGUCAGUAUUUUAAGAACAUUUGGUUAUUCAGGGAAAAGCUAUAAUAAAAAAUUCUGAAUAAAUGAUGAAACUUGAUAAAAACAAAGUUUGUUAAAGAAGAAUCAGAUCAGGACUUGAAAGUAGGAUGGAAAUGUGAGAUCUAGCAUUUUCCAUAAUUCUACACAUAAACUAAAGAACAGCCUUGAAAAAUAUAUUUAAUUAGUUGCAAAUCUUUUUUAUUUUCAAAUGUGCAUAUCUAGUCUGAAUGAAGGCACAUAUCGUUAGUAUCCCACCCCUUCUCCCACUGCUCCACACCUCCCCUCACCCCUUCCUAUGCAAGUCGGUUUACCGCCCACUAUAAAUACACCUAUUCUCACAUCCUCUCCUCCACUUUCACACAGAGAUCCGCACUUCUUCAGGACCAAUCCGACUAACCAGUUUCAGCUUCAGGUCAGCUACGUUUUAUAACAGAGAUGUUAUUAUGUUCAGCUUCUCUGUUAUGUCUCCUUUUGCUUGCUGGGCCUAGCAGCCCAUUAGCCAGGCCUGGUAGAGGGAGAACAGGGCUGGAAGGACGCCUAAAGCCCGAGGGUAGGGAUCGAUCUGGACUCAAGGACAAGGGUGGAGAACAGACAACAGCUGACAGCAGAAGAGAAACUGAACUGGGAGAUCCUUCUGCCUUACAACCAGGAGCUGCAGCUGGAGACAAUGGGGACAUGUGGGGAGAGAUCGGUACUACAUUCAACUUCAGGUCCUCAUUUUCGUUCAGUGAUGACCAAUUAUGGGAGCCCCGCAUCACUUCUUACUGUGUGCCUAUCCCACCUGGAAUGGCACUGUGCCAGAACAUUGGUUAUACCUCCAUGAGGAUGCCUAACCUGCUGGGCCACGAUUCUCCAGCCGAAGCUGUUCAACAGAGCGCCAGCUGGCUGCCUCUACUCGCCAGAGAGUGCCACCCAGACGCCCGCAUAUUCCUCUGCUCUCUCUUUGCUCCCAUCUGUCUUGACCGGUUUAUAUCACCCUGCAGAAGUCUGUGUGAAUCUGUGCGGGACAGCUGUGCACCAAUCAUGAGUUGUUAUGGUUACCCGUGGCCAGAAAUUCUCCGGUGUGACCAGUAUCCUGCAGACCACCUUGUGUGCAUCUCCUCCAUCACAAACACCACGAACAUUCACAUAGGAGCGCACAGAGUGCCUCAGGCGAGCUGCCGAGAUUGCGAGCUGGAGGAGGGCUCCUCUUCAAAAGACACACUAGAGACCUUUUGUAGGAGUGAUUUUGUGGUGAAACUGCGUCUGACGAGGCUCAAAUAUAGCCCUGCAAGUCUCGCUCAGUUCUCACUGGCUGCUAAACUGGACGUCUUAAAGCACGGGCCCCUGUUAGGAGGACAGUUACGUUCCUGCAUUGAGCUGUGGCUGGAGAGGGAUGCUACCUGUGUGCAUAACAUGACUCAAAAACAUCCGCGAGGAGGCACGUUCCUAGUGACAGGCACGGUGCAGGGGGAGCACCUGGUGGUCAGCAAGGCUUAUGCUUGGCAAAGAGGUGACAAGAACCUAAUGGCAGCUGCACGGAGAUGGAAAAGUCACAAAUGCCGACAUUAAUGUUUCUCAGAAAUAUUUCUAGCAGAAUCACCAAACUAUGGUUAGAGUAGCAUGUAGAAACCUACGGCUGUAAAUAAUACGUAUUUUAUUUUUUAAAUUCCCUUAUGAGAGAAAUAAAUUGUGCAAAAAAUAAAUAAACAUAUAAAUAAAAAACAUAUUGCAGGAAACUGAUCAAGCAUACCCUUGUAUUGCUUCUGAAGUGGUGAUAAAUAAUGUUUAAUAAAAUGUACAUACUCUAUUUUUAUACAUUGACCAAAUGUUGGUGUAUGUUUCUGAUUGCAGCAAUGUUUCUAUUUGUCACUUUUCUAAAAAAAAAAGUUAAAAGGCAAAGCAAACUGAAAUAUGUUUCUUUAAUUAGUU